AUGUCCCAGAGCAGCCCGGCGCCCGUGCAGCGCUUGAAACUCGAUGCGAGCUCGGCGUUCAUCACCGAGAUGGCUGCUAGGAACGAGCUCCAGGUCGUGGUUGCCAUGGCUCUCGACGAGAUCGUGGAGGAGGAGCGCUGGAGGACGCUGCUCAAGGUCAUGCAGGACCGGCACGACAUUUUCAAGACAGUCAUCACCAGAGACGCCAAGGGAGACCCGUCUCUCGAGCUCAGGGCGGAGGUGCCUUGGGUGCCGGCGGUGUCGAGCGUGGACUUCGACGACGAGUUCAGCGGAACGACCCGGCUGUCCACGGAUCCUGCUUCGUGGGCGGGCGCGGUGACCGCCAGGGACGUGAUCGCAGGGUGGCAUGCCCAGGCCCUCGCCCUGGGCCACGAGCCGCUGGACGAGAACGGCCCGCUCAUCCGUGUCACGCUCUGCCGGUACCCGAGGCUGAACAAGACGUUCGCGCUGUGGGUGAUCCACCACGCGCUGUACGACUCGGACGUCAUCGUGCGCAUCUUCGACGAGCUGGCCCUCGACACGCUGCGGCUGUACGGCCCCGAGGAGGGCGUCAUCUCCGAGGAGGAGGCGGAGCGCGUCCUGAACCCCGGGAGGACGUUCCUGCCGGACAGCGAGACGUUCGGGUCGCACAGGAAGCUGCGCGGGUGCAUGGGCAGCACGUACACGGUCCUGCGCUCGAUCACGAUGAUCGCUUCGGGCAUGCUGCGGGCCAAGCAGAUCCCGAAGACUCCGAAGCUGACCGCUCCUCCGGCCGGGGUGACGGGCGAGCGCAGUGCCGAGGCGGUCCACACGUUCCAGCUCUCCGCGGACCUCACCGCCCGCCUGCGCACGGUUGCCAAGGAGCAGGGCAACACCAACGUCUGGGGGCUCAUGUGCGCGAUUUCACAGGUCACGGCGUACGAGCAGGCCGUCCGGACCGGGCUGAUUCCCAGCAAGCGAUGCGGCUGCCUGGGCGAGCGCCGAAAGGACCGCGUGUUCGUUGCCGCGGAGAUGUCGAUGCGGGCGCUGUCCAGGGACCCCGUGCCCGUGACCAGCGAGCGGGGCAUGGGCCUCUGGGCCACGCAGAUGGUGUUUCAUGCGCCUGCCGCCUUCGUGGACACCCGCGAGGAGCUCUUCGACCUGGCCCGGCGAUGCCGCGCGUCGAUGGUGGACGCUGUCGCGAAAAAGCGCAUCCCGUGGCUCGGGGAACGGAUCGCGGAGCUCGUCCUGGCCGGGCUCGGAACCCGCAAAGCAGUGGAUGUGAUCUCCAAGGCCGCCCCGGUUCCUCUCAUCGCGUUCAACAACGUCGGCGUGGUCAAGCCGGUGUUCAAGCCCCCCGACCAGGCGCGCGUCGUCGACGGGAUCUACUGGUUCGGCGGCGGCUCGAGGCCCGAUGUGGGCGCGUAUCUCGAGUUCUACGUCAUCACUCCGGCGACUUCGAGGGGCCCGGAGAUGUGCAUCACGAUUCACAACAACGCCGGCCGGUUCCCGCGCGAUGCUUUCGUCGCGGCUUGUGAGCGCUUCAAGGCGCUCCUCAUGCUGGCCGUGGGGGGGGAGUAUGCGCAGGUGCCUGUGUAG